AUGUUCACCGCACCCAUUACGAAUGAUAGUGAAUAUUUGAAAAUCUUUAUAUCUGAUGCUGAUAUUGAAUAUAAAGAAAAUGCAAACAUUUCCUUUUGUAGUAAAACAAUGGGUGAAUAUUUGUAUAAAGUGUCACAUGAAUUUAAUUUGGAUGAUGAUGUUUUUUUUAUAUCAGUUGAAUUAUUAAACAAAUAUUUGACAAUGUCCAUAAUUUCUACUUUUGGAGAUGGUAAUGCUGUGACAGAUGAAGAGCAAAAUGUUGAUGAGCAAUUAUCUGAUCAACAAAUACUUGAUAAAGCAACAUUAUCAAGUGAGCAAUAUAUUCAAAACAAACAUUUAUUAGCGACAGCUUGUUUACAAAUAGCAGCCAAAGCAUGUCAAAAAUUUGUUGAUAAUCCACGUUUAGAAGAAUAUCUUCAAGAAAUUGAAAUUCAAGAGAUAACAAAAGAUAAUUUAUUAGAAACAGAAAUUAAAAUAUUAAAAACCAUUCAUUAUCAAAUACCAAUACACAUUCCACAUGUGUUCAUUAGUUAUUUUCUUCGAUUUUUCAAUGAUGAAAUAUCGCCUUGUAAAUUUUUCAAUUAUGAACGCUUUCAUAAUUUAUCAAUGGUUAUACUAUUACAUAUUUAUUUAAAAUGGGAUCUUUUAAUUAAAAAAUUGGCACGAAUAGAAAAUGGUUUAACAGAUGUAACAGAAGAACAAACUGAUAUUAUCUCUCAUCGUUUAAAAGAUUGUUUAUUAUUGGGUUCAUCAACAAUAUUAGCUGCAUCUAAAAUAUCAGGUUUAGAUUCAAAAUUACAUAAUAAAAUCAUCAAUUUAUUUGUUCAAUAUUUGGGUUUUAAUCCAAUGCGAAUUUAUAUAUCAGAAUUUAUUAUUAAAGAAUCCAUAUCGGAUGAUAAUAUAACAGAUGUAAUGGAAACAAAAGAGGAUGAAGAAAUAACACAAACUGAACCAAUACUAACACAUAUGACUGCAUCAUAA